CAUGGAAAGUUUUGCUGGGACGCGAGCGGUUCCGAGCGCGCGAAGAUUGACGUUGGUCAGCGCGGUCGGCUCAAUGGCUCAGGUUUAUUCAGAGCUCGUGAUUGAGAAACACUUAUCGUCUACAAGUAGGAAACCGACAGCAUGCUUCACACAAGCACAAACGCUUACUUCGUUACAAGGGUUCUCGAUUACACGAGUCUUUCCACGAGAAACAUGAUUUGCAGUAACAUGCCCUCCGCACUGCACUUGCGUUGCCCAAGCCGCGCACGACAUGCUGCUUCGCGGCCGCUGGUGCGGUCGUAUCUCCGACGCGGGAGCGGGAGCGGGAACGGCGCGACCGGCUUUGUUGUCGACGUCCCUGCUGCUGAGCCGCAUGUGCAGACGUUGACGCCGGCGCCUGCCCCAGCUCCUCCCGCCGCACCGGCUCCCGCGCCCGCUCCAGCGCCACCAGCGCCGCUGCUGCCGCCCGCCAGCAUCUACACCGCGGCAGUUGCGGCUGGCACGUUGAAAUGCAAAAUACCUCUUGGGAAGGCUUUCGUGCUGGCAGUACUGGCGGGAGCUUACCUUGGCUUUGCCGGCCUGCUGUCUUUUACGCUACUCAACACCGUGCCAGGCCUGCUGUCCACCAACCCCGGCCUGGCCAAGCUGCUGGCUGCGGCCGUGUUCCCGCUGGGCCUGGCGCUCAUCACCAUUUGCGGCGGGGAGCUGUUCACGGGCAACACUGCGCUGAUGCCGGCUGCGGUGUACGAGGGCAAGGCCACGUGGGGCGAGGUGCUGCCACGGUGGGCUGUGGUGUACCUGGGCAACCUGCUGGGCUGCCUAGCCAUGGUGGUAGCGGUGGUGGCCACGGGUCUGGUGGGCUCCAACCACGUGCUGCCCGGGCUGGCGGUGGCCAAGACCAGCGUGCCGCUGGGGCAGGUGCUGGUGCGGUCGGUGCUGUGCAACUGGCUGGUGUGCCUGGCCGUGUGGAUGGCGCUGGCGGCCAACAACCUGCCGGGCAAGCUGAUGGGGAUGUGGAUGCCCGUCACGGCCUUCGUGACGGUGGGCCUGGAGCACUCCAUCGCCAACAUGUGGGUCAUCCCCAUCGGCAUGGCGCUGGGCGCGCCCGUGUCCGCGGGCGCCUUCCUUACAGCCAAUCUCAUCCCCGUGACCCUGGGCAACGUGUUUGCGGGCGCGGUGCUGACCGCCGGCUCCUACUCGCUGGCCUUCGGGCGGCUGGGCGCGGCCUUCAACGGCGAGGCCGCCAAGUGAGAGGACCGCAGUGGCGGGCAGCGGCGGCGGGCAGUAGCAGCUGGGGCCCGCAGUGGCUGGCAGUGGCGGCGCGCGGUAGCAGUAGCAGCUGCGGCUGCAGUGGCAGGCAGGCGUCAGAGCUACCCGGAAGCUUGAGCUGCAGCGGCGGCUGUAGCAGCGGAAUUUCGAGGAGGGUCACGGUGCACAAGAGAGGUUUCGAACAGAGCGGCAUAGCCGAGCUGCUUGUAUGAGAGCGCUUGGCUUGGGGUGCGCGGGGGGCGGGCCCGCCGCUGCGCUAUGAAAGGCAGCGUCGCCGGGGGCGGUGAGCGAGAUGUGUGUUGCGUGUCGGUAUGUCGGUGUUUGUUGUGGUAAUGGAGGGAAGCAUUGGGGAUACUAGAGCGCACCAACAUGGGCGGCUUAAUCGGCCCGUCGGCCAGAAAUGGGGAGUGGCUGAAGAUGUAAUAACGUAGCACUACGGGGCGUAAGUGAGUCCAAGUGCGCAUCGUCCGUGCGCUGCAUGGAGAUGACCGCAGGGGUGGCCGCGUCAUACUGCCGGCAGUGCUGUUGUUAAUACGGUGUAGGUGCGUCGAGCAGAUGCCCUUCUUGUUAUGUUCGUGAGUGAUUGUGUGGUCAGAAAGACUGCGGUUAAUGCUUGUUUGCGGAGGGGUUACAGAAUGCGACAGCUGCGAGUUGAGGGGGGCACACGGCGUGUCCAGCAAAUGGCACGGCUACGGACGGGCAUCUGUGCGGCAAGGCGCGGCCUCACAGGCGCCCAGACAGGAAUAAGGCAGUGAUGAGUUCCAAAUGCCACCUACCACUUGCCAGCCAGAUGCCUCGCACGUGCCGUGUCUGUUGGUUGUGCUGCUGCUUGCUGCCUAGCUCAGCCCGGGCGUGAUGUGCGUACGGCUGUAAUUUUGAGUGACGAGGGCACAUAAGGAAGUAGGUUCGAGUCGUGAGCAUGGCCCAGACAAGCAGAAGGACGUGUGACUGGGUUUAAGAGACCACGCCUGAUCCUGCGUUGUCUGCGCGUGUCCGUGACACGGUGACAGUCGCGGAUAGCGAGGGUGCUGUAAGGAAACCCACAUGCUGAGCAUCAGGACGUCGACCUGCUUGCCCUGCGGCACUAGCAGUUGCUUAGUACGUGCGCUGUACGUAUGUGCUGCGGCCUGGACGAUUCCCGGCACUCCGGUGCCUAGGCUUGUGGCAUUGAGGCACAGCGGUGGGGCUCUGGCGGGUUGAGGCUUGGCUAGGACUCACUGUGCGCGGAGUCACAGGGACUUUGACCGCGGGAGGGUAUGCAGCAAAGUCGGUGUGUGAUGGGACAGGGUUCAGGCAGGUUGGCGAGGUCCCAUAGGGUGCAGCUGUCGCCCAUACCCCAAGCAGACAGCAAACAGUUUGCAGCGGCAGAGCAGGAGUGCAUGGCUGGUCGAACGCCGGAGUUACUGUACCGGGGACCAGGGACUUUGACCGCGGGAGGGUAUGCAGCAAAGUCGGGGUUGGUGGAGUCAAGUUGGGCCCUGAUAGCAUGUGAUGGCUCGGCGUCUUCGGGUGCUGGGACUGUCCCCUCUGUAACAUCCGCAUUCU